CCUAGUUUCACUGCAACGUGUUUGGCUUCUUUUUCAUUUUAACCCGUUUUUACCUUUGAGCUACUUGCAUUUUAACAUCAUGCCGGCUGUCCCUUCUCAACCCCAGACAAAACCAGAUGGAGUCAAUGCAAUUUUGUUAGGACCACCAGGGUCUGGCAAAGGAACUCAGGCACCAAUGCUGGCAGAAAAAUACUGUGUCUGCCAUCUGUCAACAGGUGACAUGCUGAGGGCCGUAGUGGCGUCAGGCUCCAAGUUAGGGAAGAAAAUCAAGAGUACGAUGGACGAAGGCAAACUGGUCAGCGAUUCCAUGGUGGUGGAAAUGAUUGACCAGAACUUAAACAAACCAGCUUGUAGAAACGGGUUCCUGCUGGACGGAUUCCCACGCACAGUCGCUCAGGCUGAGGCGCUGGAUAACUUGUUAGAGAGGCGUAAAACCCCGCUGGAUGCUGUCAUAGAGUUUGCCCUUGACGAUUCACUGCUGACCAAUCGUAUCACGGGACGGAGAAUCCACGUUCCUAGCGGUCGCUCAUACCACAUUGAAUUCAACCCUCCUAAAGUUGAAGGCAUGGAUGAUAUAACUGGAGAAGCACUAAUUCAUCGUUCAGACGACAAUGUAGAUGCUCUCAGGAAGCGAUUGGACGCCUACCACAAGCAGACGAAACCAUUGGUCGAUUACUAUAGAAACCAAGGUAUACACGUUGCCGUUGACGCCUCCCAGAAGCCAAGUGUAGUUUUUGCCACCAUUACCGCAGCAUUCGCCGAGGCGAAAUCCAAAGAUAAAGUUAUGUUUUUAUAGGAGAAAAUGUUGUCAUUAUUCGAGUAGAUAUUUUAUGGGUGGUUUUUCUGUUUUAAGGAAGUACCAUUCUUUUAGCCAAUUAGACACGACCAGACUGAAGUGGAAAUCGUAAUGAAAUUUUAACCUGAGUGAUAGCCUUUCACCCCUUUAUGUAAUGAAUAGGUCUCUCACAGAUGUAGAAAGGAAGAAGAUCUGGGCUUGUCCCACUAUUAUAGAAGAGGGUUGUGCAUACUGUAUAUCAUAAGGUGUAAAAUAAACAAGUACAUGGGAGAUUUUAGUGGUUGCAUUGUAAAUAUAUGUAAAUUAAUCAAGAAUAUAUAUGCUGAAAAUACUGGAAAUCUGCAAUCAAUGCAAGCUAUCUCACUAGGCAGAUUGAUCUGUUUUAUGUACAUUCGCCAGUGUGGGGCUUUGUUUUUUUUUUUUUUUACCCUGAGGCUACAAAAGAAGAAGCAAAAUUGUUUUCCAGUAUGUAGAACUGUGUGAACCUUUACCCGAUUCAGUGUAAAGCCCAUCAAUUAAGAUGAACUUGGCAUGCCAUUUUAAAAUUCUGAAAACAUAUUGGUGUGCUGAGGAUAGUGUUUGCUUCAAAAUCCAACCUAGGUUUACACGUGUCCAAUCCAGACUGGCUGCCUCUGUGAGAAUUAUUUCUAUAAAAUUCCAAUAAAACGUGCCCUUAACUGUAUAUGUAAAUGUAGCAACAAGCCCUCUGGGUUAAAUUCCACAAAUCUCAUUUAUAUUCAUGUAUUUAACCUAUCUGACGAUCACGGCUUAUGACCUUUUUACCACGGACAUGCUUCUUAAACUACCGGCAAGAUCAUGAAAGUGUAGUUCAUGAUGUACAGUUUAUGCUGUUGGCAAUGUUGUGAUCUAAUGUGAUCUUUUAUCAGGCAUUAUUUAGAUCAAGGGUGGACUCAGGAGUCUCUCACCAAUGCGGUCGCUGUGAGUUCAAGUCCAGCUCAUGCUGCUUCCUCUCCGGCCGUAAGUGGGAAGGUCUGUCAGCCACCUGCGGAUGGUCGUGGGUUUCCCCCAGGCUCUGCCUGGUUUCCACCCAC